AGUAAUGAGUAAGGGUGUGUCUUUUACGCGCAGAGUGAACAGCAUUCUACAGUUCCCGCAGUAUAGCCCAGCUGGAGUUUCUCACUGGCACUGAAAGUUACCGUAUUUUUUUUGGAUUUGUGUUCUCGCUCUAAGUUUUCCCAUUCAAAAUCAUAAGAAUCACACGGUUAUUCUCCAAACUUUAAACUGGGACGCUCACAAGAGGACAAGGAGUAGCCACCCAAGAACAAGUUUAUUUAUGUUUUGUUUAUUUUGUUGUUACUGGACUCCGCAUUUAUUUUCUCCACGCGUCGAUUGGGAGAAGAGCAAAAGGAUUAUCGGUUCCUGUGCUGGGUUUUGAAGUUUGUCGUGUCGCCAUGGGGGAUGUGAUUUCCACUCACCUGGAUGAAACCAAGCGGGAGAUGAUUACAGCUCGGACGGGCGAGGUGAUGGGCGAGUUCGGCCGUCUGUAUGAGCAGCAGUACGCUCUGGCCCUCGUCAACAGCCUGCGCUUCGAGAUCGAGGCAAACGAGGGGCCGCAGCUGCUGCACCGAAAAGUGCCCCUGAAGGACAAGUCCAUCUUCUCAGGGGCCCUCUUCCAGUACCUGGAAGAGAACAAGAAGUGGCGUAACCGCUUCUUCUUUGUCCCGGACACCUACCAGAUCCAGUACUUUGACAACAAGAUGGCUUAUGAGAGGGGUCUGCACCCUAAAGCAACGAUCAACUGUGCUGGGUACAGAGUGCUCACCUCCAUGGACCAGUACAUGGAACUGCUGAGCAACAGCCUGCCAGGUGUGAAUGCCAAGGCCAGCAGCUCUCCGUUCCUCAAGUGUGCAAAGCAGUUUACCCUGAUCCUCUGGCACCCCUACGCACGCCACUUCUACUUCUGCGUCACCUCAGAGAAGGAGCAGGAGAAAUGGCACGCCGUCUUCCAGGACUGUGUCCGACACACCAAUGACGGCUUGUCUGAGGAGUGCAAGGUGCAGACGCCAGCUUUCACCGACGCAGUGAGGCUCUACCGACAGGCGCAUGGGCAGUACGGCACAUGGGACAUGAUGUGUGGUAUGCCCCCGCAGAUCCUGGCCAACCUGGUGAUGGAGACUCUGCUCCCGGAGCUGAGGGGCCUGAUCGCCCCGCGGCUGAAGGGGAAGUUGCAGGACAGGCAGAGGAACUGGAUGCUGAUCUCAGAUGCGGUGUACGGGCUGGUUCAGGGGCAGACUGAGGCACAGUACGAGGCCAUUGUGCAAAGGUGCGAGGCAGGGCGCCCCCCUCUGGAAACCUCCAUACGUACAGACAUGGACCAGAUCAUCACCUCCAAAGAGCAUGUCACCAACAAGAUGCGUGCGCUGGUCCUGCCCAAGGCAGAGGAGCUCCUGAAGGACAGCGUGCGGCCCUUCAUCAGCUCCAUCCUGGAGGCGCUCAUGGAGCCCACCAGCCGUGGCUUCUCCGAGGUCCGCGACGUCUUCUUCCGCGAGCUGGUGGACAUGAGCAAGAACUCCCUUAACGACGGCAGCAAGGAGAAGCUGGGAGAGCACAUGGAGAAGAUCUCCAUGUUGGCGUUCCACCCGGUGAAGAUGCAGAGCUGCUACGAGAAGGUGGAGCAGCUUCAGCUGGAGGGCCUGCAGCAGCGCUUCGACGUGUCCAGCCCGUCCGUCUUCGUCCAGAGAGCGCAGAUCCUCAUGAGAGAGCAAAUGGAUGAUGCGGUGUACACCUUCGAAAAGAUCCUACACCAGAGCCUGGAGGACCAGGGGAGCAGUGAACUGUGCAAGACCAUUCAGCGCUGCCAGGACAGGGUCAUCAAGAAAUACGACUACGACAGCAGUACGGUGCGCAAGAAGUUCUUCCGAGAAGCCCUGCUCCAGAUCCUCAUCCCGUACAUGCUGAAACAGCUGUCUCCAGACUGUGCAGCGGAUCUACCUCAGUUCGAGGAGCUGAUCUUUGAGGACUUCUCCCGCUACAUCCUGGUGGAGAACGUGUUCGAGGAGGUGGUGCUGCAGUCUGUCAUGAAGGACAUCAUGUUGGCUGUGAAAGAGGCUGCAGUCCAGCGCAGACACAACCUGUACCGCGACAGCAUCGUCCUGACCAACAGCGACCCCAACCUGCACCUGCUGGGAGAGAAGUCCCCCAUCGACUGGGCCGGGCAGUACGGGGGUGAGGGGAAGGAGGAGGAGGAGGAGGAGGGGGAGGAGGAAGGAAACGCAGAAGGGGCCACGACCCAGAAGAGGCGCAGGGUGAAACAGGUGGUGUCCAUGAUCCAGAUCGAUGGGGCGCCUUUCCUGCCCUAUGAGUCCUGCUUGGAGGUGCCGGGAGUGGACGGCAUCCCGGAGGAGUCCGAGGUGGACUUGAAGUCGGACAGCGUGCCCGAAACCGGACCGCCCACCCCCGCCCUCCCCAACGGGACGGCUGUGCCGGAGAGUGUAGACGAUAAGGCCGCGCCUCCGAUUGUUGCGGAGGUGCAGAGCCCAGCCCCGACUGAGAAAGCCCCACAGGAAGCAGAGGCCGAGCAUCCUGUCGAGAGUCCGAAACAGGAAACGGAGAGCAAGACCCCUGCAGAGAGUGUGGAGCAGGAAAUCAAGCCACCCACAGAGAAUGCAGAACAGGAAGUUGAAAGCAAGCCGGCCGCAGAGAAUGCAGAACAGGGAAUUGAAAGCAAGCCUGCUACAGAGAAUGCAGAACAGGAAGUUGAAAGCAAGCCUGCUACAGAGAAUGCAGAACAGCAAGUUGAAAGCAAGCCUGCUACAGAGAAUGCAGAACUGGAAGUGGAAAGCAAGCCUGCUACAGGGAAUGCAGAACAGGAAGUAGAAGGCAAGCCUGCUACAGAGAGUGCAGAACAGGAAGUUGAAGGCAAGACCCAAACAGAGAGUGCAGCACCUGAAACCAAGCCACCCACAGAGAGUUUGGAACCGAAGAUUGAAAGCAAGCCCUCAACAGAAAGUGUGGAACAGGAAGUUGAAAGCAUACCCCCAACAGAGAGUGCAGAACAGGCAGUUGAAUGUAAAGCCCCAACAGAGAGUGCAGAACAGGAAGUUGAAUGUAAAGCCCCAACAGAGAGUGCAGAACAGGAAAUUGAAAGUAAAGCUCCAACAGAGAGUGCAGAACAGGAAGUUGAAAGUAAAGCCCCAACAGAGAGUGCAGAACAGGAAGUUGAAAACACAAUGCCUACAGAGAGUACAGAGCAGACAGUAGACAGCAAUCAGCCUGCAGAUAUUGCUGCACAGGAAGUGGAAAACAAGCAGCCUACAGAGCAUUCCCAGCAGGACACUGAAAGCUCAUCUGCCGUAGAGAGUGCUAUACCGGAAAUAGAUAAAGCUGUGCAGGGAGAGGAGAGCGGGCAGCCCUCAGAAAGCACAGAGAAGGAUGUGGCCAAAACUGCAGCCCCAAAACAGGAAGAGGAAGUGCCAUCGACAGGAACGGCAGAGACCGCCUCCAAAAUGCCCCCGGAGCCUGCCCAGCAGGAUGCCAGUUCCGCCCCCGAUCGGCACGACGACAGCGGCUUCCAGUCUCCCACCAGUGACGUUGCUGAAGAGGAAGACGCUCAGCGAAUGACAGAGGCCCUCGCUGACUCAGGGAAGGGGGGAGUGGCUGUGGAGGCAGUGCAGAGUAAUUUGCAGACUGGAGUGGAGGCUUCGUGAAAGGGUGGUGUAUCACAAUCUAAUCGGGUCUGAGUCACCCUUUAUCCAGCUUGUAACAGGAUAUAAAAUACAUUGUUUCCGUUCAUCUUAUUUAAGUGGUGAAAGCUGAAAAGGUUUUUUUGUAUCUAAUUUUUAUAUAUAAACAGAGGUUGAAUUGGCAGGGUGCCAGGGUCCCUGUCAUUUUUUAGCUUUACUAUCGGUGUACUAUUCUUCUUUUCACCAUUCAUUUUGGGAGCUCAUCAAACUGCUUAUCAAGUUUUUGGGAAUAUUUCCUCAUGUACAGAUUUCAAUUCUCCCCCCAGUUCAUUCCGUUUUUUUUUACCUCUGGGGGAAAAUAUAUGUAAGCUUCAGCAGGGAUCUGCCACAGUUGUAGUUAUGAUAAAUACCAAAAUCACUUUAUGGGUUUAAAAUAUUUGUGUGAUUAUAUGCAUUCCAUUUAAAUUCCUAGCCAGAAUAAACACCUCCGCUAUCUAUGAAUUUGAUUCCUGAUCCUGGAAUGCCCUGAAUUCCUCUGCACUGUCCUUCGUCACUGUAUCCAUAACUAUUUUCUGUGUAAAUAAGGCAACUUGAAUACUACUAGACUUAUGUCUGCUUUGGUCAAAACCAAGUUUUACAAUGCAAUAGGACUUAAUAAAAAGUAGGAGAAUAGCUGGCUACUGAACUAAGUGAAACACUAGACAAAGAUCCUUGUUUUCUCCGGUCAGGAGGUGUGACUUCAACAGUCCUUGUUUGGUUCAAUGGCCAGCAUUGCUUGUAUGAUGUAGGAAAAACACACACUAAGACGCUGCUUGAAUAUAAACUGAAAAGUACAGAGAAAAGUUUCAAAGGUGUGACAUCACUGUUUGCAUUUGUUUGCCUUCGUUUCCAGUCCAAACCUACUGUACUGCAAAUGUGCGUCCUUGAGUCUUGGCACCCUGUCGACUGUGCAAGGGGAAUGUUUUUUACCCAUAAUCCCCUUCAGACCCACCCUUGCCUGAGGGCACACAUUUUUUCUCAAAUUAAAUAUUCUGUUAAAAAGUAAUCGUUCUGCUGAGGGCUUUUCCCGGUUGCCUAUAUAUGCUACUAUGCGUGAGGUGAUUCCAAAGUUUGCUAUGUGAGAUGUCUAUGCUAGAGGUGAUUAAUAUUCUCUGUGAGAUUUAUGUGCUAGAGCUGGUUUCCAGGUUGACUGUGUAAAUACCUGUGCUAGAGGUGUUUCAUGGGUUUGCUCUUUGGUUUUAGAUUUUUUCUGUUUUUUUUGUUAAUGCCUAGUGAUUUAAUUGAACUGUCACUUAAUUGUGGCACAUAUUGACAGUUAUCUGUAGGCUCUUGUACCGUCGACAUUCUCCAGUCAGAAGGAAUGGAAUUCUCUGCACUAUGGUCACAGGUCAUACGGUGAGAUUCACAGAGAAUUGUGAUGGGGAUUGUGACCAGGAAGCAUCUCUCUAUGGCUCCUUUCUUUUGGUUUCUUGCCAUUUCCAUCAUUGUGUUUUAACAGGUUUUCAAAGACACUUUGUGGAUCAUUAACCUUUUCAUAACAGUUUUUCCUGCCUAGUAGCAAUCGUCGGCUGAUAUUAACAUGAUGCAAGUCAUAUCCUCAUCUUUAAGCUGCCUUUUUUGCUGUGACACUUUACAUCUAAUAGCUCAUCAUAAACAAUCAAUUAAUUGGGAAUUCUACAGAACUAUAAUGACUGCUAUGUAGUUGCAUGUUGGCAGCCAAAAUGUGGGAUUUGAUUAUCAGUAGUGAAGCUUCUUCGUUAUGAGGUAGCGGUAGCUCGCUGUUAUGUAUAUGAACUAAUCAAAAGUCUUCUCAAGGAUAUAUGUUGGGCGUGAUAUGUGAUUCUUCAUUCACUAUCGCUCACUCAUGUUAGGUUUGUAGAGGCAGUGUUUUCAAAUAUGUAUUUAAACAGAAGAGAGGAACAUACGGCUGCAGUAAGGGGGAGGAAUAUGUCAGUCUGGGAGAAAUACUGGCUCAGUAUUUUGUACUAUGACAGUGGGGAUUGGUGAGUGAGGAUGGGUGAAUGAGGGUUUGUGGAUCCCAUAGUGGGUGGAACUAUGUGCUAUCGGGAACUUACCUGAAUGAGCCAAUCAAGACAUUGCCCUCCAAUGCACAAUGCACAAUGCUAGUAUUUUCCCAAACCGGUGAACCCAAAAAUGGGCCUAUCAGGCCUUAUCAAAAUAAGGACCAGGAAGGCCCAAAAUGUUAUUUUUUUCCCCCCCAUUUCAUGAACUUAGUUUCUUUCUUCCCGAUUGCCUUCUAAAUAAAAGCACUUUUAUAAUCGAGGUGCCUUAAGAAUGUGUCUAAUGAAAUUUAAAUGACAGAUGUAAAAAAUAAGAAAGACCAUUUUGUAUUUGGUACUACACUGUACGACCAUUGUUGUGGUAACUAAUGGGAAGAUGAUCACCUGUCCUAUCUCCUCAAACUUGUUCAUGUAUUGUGGACCAAAGGAGAAAUCCCACCUGUCCAAAACAUGCCACAAUGAAACGAUGUAAAUGACUUGGUUUCCACAUUUAUUGAUUCUCUUGGCUUCUAUGUAUAGAUAAAUUUGUAUGUGUAAUGGCUUGUUUUGUGAUGGAAAGGUGCUUUUUGUGCCUGUGAGCUUUGUGUUCUUUUUUCUUCCCCCUCCCCUCCAGCGUAUACCUUAUCUAUUAUUUAUUAUGUUGUGCCAUCUGCACCCCCACCCCUCUUUCACCACAACGGGUGUUUUUCCCUUUUAAAUAUGUUUUAUUAAAUGUCAUAUGUACAUGUAAGGAUAAUAAAUUACUAUGGUUUUAAUA